GGUCUGAGCCGAGGCCUUCCCCCUCCUCGCUGCUUUCUCAUUGGUCGGCCUCCUCCGGCGCCAGCCAAUAGCGGGCGCUCCAUCCGCGGCCGAGCACGCCCCUCCUCGCUUAAAGCAGCCCCCGCGUCUGCAAUGGAGACUUGCGCUCUCAUUGUCUCCCCGCGGCCGUCUCGGCGUCCCUCGGCUUGUCGCCCUCGUCGUCUUCCCGCCGGGUUGCCUCGGAGGAGUUUGUCGGAGGGGCGGGGGGAGGGCGGUGUCGGCCGAGACCCCGGCGACAUCCUGACGUGAUGGCGGGACUUGGGAACUGAUCUCCACCACGUGACGCCUUCUUUUUUUUUUUUUAAUUGCCUGAUCCUGCAUCAUCGGGAAUGCUUGCCGUGGACUGAUGGACGUUUCCGAAGUGUGCAUCCCCGAGCCGCUCUGCUACCAUAGCCAUCUGCUGAGCGGGCUGCCCUCGGAGGAGCGCCGCCUGUCGUCCAGCUGCGCUUCCUACGUGAAAACGGAGCCGUCCAGCCCGUCCUCGUCGUCCCUGGUGGACACGGGCAGCCGCCACAGUUCCGGCGGCAACUCGGACGCCGGCGGCGGCUACGCGCACGCCGGCGCGGGAGCGCGUCGCCACGCCCUGGACAACGCGGGCCUGUGCGGGGCGGGCGGCGGCGGCGGCGGCGGCGGCUCCUGCCUGCGGCUCUACGGCGACGACCGCUCGGCGGGCCUGGCGGACGAGUCGGCCAUCAAAUGCGAGUACGUGCUGGGCGCCGUCCCCAAGCGGCUGUGCCUGGUGUGCGGCGACGUGGCCUCGGGCUACCACUACGGCGUGGCCUCCUGCGAGGCCUGCAAAGCCUUCUUCAAAAGGACCAUACAAGGCAAUAUCGAGUACAGCUGCCCGGCCGCCAACGAGUGCGAGAUCACCAAACGGAGACGCAAGUCGUGCCAAGCGUGUCGCUUCAUGAAGUGUCUCAAAGUGGGCAUGUUGAAGGAAGGCGUACGUUUGGACAGGGUGAGAGGAGGUCGGCAGAAAUACAAGCGAAGAUUGGAGGCGGAGAACGCCGGCUACCUGGCCCUGAGCGUCCCGCCCCCGGCCAAAAAGCCUCGUACGUUUCUUUUUCCCGCCUUGUCGAGGUCGCCAGAGACCGUCUCCGAAGCCCACAGCAAGCAUUUGGAACCCGGACGGACGUUUUCUUCCUCUCCGUCCGCAGUGACCAAGAUGGUGUCGCAUCUGUUGCUGGUGGAGCCCGAGAAAAUCUACGCCAUGCCCGACCCCAGCGUGCCCGACGGCGACGUCAAGGCCUUGACCACCUUGUGCGACCUGGCCGAUCGCGAGCUGGUGGUCAUCAUCGGUUGGGCCAAACACAUCCCAGGCUUCUCCGGCCUGUCGCUGGCCGACCAGAUGAGCCUCCUGCAGAGCGCCUGGAUGGAGAUCCUGGUGCUGAGCAUCGCCUUCCGCUCGCUGGCCUGCGACGAGGAGAUCGUCUACGCCGAGGACUACGCGGUGGACGAGGAGCGGGCCCGCGGCUCGGGUCUGCUGGACCUGCACGUGGCCAUCCUGCCCCUGGUGCGGCGCUUCAAGAAGCUGCGCGUGGACAAGGAGGAGUUUGUCACCCUCAAGGCCAUCGCCUUGGCCAACUCGGACUCCACGCACAUCGAGAACGUCGAGGCCGUGCAGAGGCUGCGGGAUUCCCUCCACGAGGCCCUGCAGGACUUGGCGGGCUGCCGGCGCCCGGAGGACCCGCGGCGGGCGGGCAAGCUGCUGAUGACGCUGCCCCUCCUGCGGCAGACGGCCAGCAAGGCGCUGCAGCACUUCUACGGCGUCAAGAUGCAGGGCAAGGUGCCCAUGCACAAACUCUUCCUGGAAAUGCUGGAGGCCAAGGCUUGACGGCGGGUGGGGCGGGGCCGGGGGCGGAGCCUACGCCUCCGACGCGCGGCCGGGCCGGCCGGCCGGCCUUCAACGUGUUUGGCCCACUGAAAAAGCUUUGAGUGAAGACUGACCUGGUAGCUGUGCAAUAAAGACGCUUCUGGUCUUAUGACCACA